AUCUAUAUUCAAAAAGUUUUGGAUUUUUAAACAAUCUCCAUUUCAAAAAGGCCAAAAAAUGAAAAUCCUUGUUGUUUUUGUCGUCGUCUUUGCCAUUGCCAUGGCUGCUCCUGCUCCCGAUCAUGAUGAACAUCAUGAUCAUGCUGAGAUUCUCAAAUUGGAUACCGAUUUUAAACAUGACAGUUAUGCAUUUGUAGCCGAAACUAGCGAUGGCUUCUCUCGCCACGAAGAAGGUAAGCUCAAGGAAUUCCCCGGAGAUGAACACGUUCAUGAAGGUCACCAUGCCAUUGUGGUCCAUGGCACCUACUCUUACAAGGAUCCUCACGAUGGCAAGGUUUACACCGUUAAUUAUGUUGCCGAUGAGAAAGGUUUCCAACCAGUUGGCGAUCACAUUCCUAAAGUCUAAAUUCUGGAUUAACAAAAAUAAAUAUAAUUUAUUGUUCAAACAAUUAAUCAAGAAAUGUUA